AUGGCAGCCCCAGCUUACUCCCAGACCGCACAGCAGCCGGCCUCCUCCGGCCCGAUCGACAACCAUGACAUUGAGGACUGGAAGCAGCGCCUCAACACCGUGCUCGCCAAGCCCUCGGAGCACGUCAAGAGCGCCUCGCCCCCGACCGCCCAGGCAUGGCACAACUCCCUGUUCGGCUGCUGCAGCCCCAUCGACCUGUGCCUCAUCACGUACUGCCUGCCGUGCAUCACCUUUGGCAAGACGCACCACAGGCUGCGCAAGAACGGCAAGAUGGAGGGCUACGAGCCCAUCAACACAUCUUGCCUCCUAUUCUGCGCGUCGGGCUGCUUCGGCCUGCACUGGAUCCCCAUGUCCAUGCAGCGAGCGAACAUGCGCGACAAAUACCACCUCCGCGGCAACUGCGCGACCGACAUCGCCACCGCGUGCUGCUGCGUGCUGUGUGACCUCGUCCAGCAGGAGAAGGAGUCCGAGCACCGCGAGCCCCUCAUCAGCCUCGCCGGCGGCGUGCCGCAGGGGUACCAGAUGCAGGGCGGCAUGACGUAUCCCGCGCCGGAUGCGCCCACCGCCCCUGCUGCUGCGCCGGCCGAGCCCGCUCAGCAGGAGAAGACCCAAGAGGCUGGUGUGACCAGUGCCUGA